UCCGAGCGGCUGACAGAGUCGCACACUGCUGCCCGGAUGACUCUACAAGCUGAAUCAAUUGAGCGGCAGUUUGCCUGACUAACGUCCACGCUGACCGACGAGGACACUCGGAGACCGGCUCGGGAACUAAACUGCUGAACCGGAUCCACUCAUGAAUGAGACUCCGCUUCUUUCAAGACUGAUAGGAAGAUGACUUAAGACGGACGUGACAACAAGCUUGUUAUUUGGCCGCUCCUUGCAGACACACAAUCCCUCAGAGAGUAUUUCUGCCUGGUGGGGAUGGGAAUGUGUUCGGAUAAAGGAUGGACUUACUGCGGCCUCACGAAAGGUCACAGUCCUCCAAAGGUCUCGUCAUGGCCUGCGGCUCUUCUGCUAUUGACUCUGAUCUGGUUCAAUCAAAAGAGUGCUGGACAGAUUCUCAACAGCUUUCACUCGGAGCGACGCGAUUGGUCAUUGAACCACCUGACAGUGCACCAGUCCACUGGUGCUCUGUAUGUCGGAGCCAUCAACCGGAUCUACAAGCUCUCUGCGAACCUCACGCUCCUUGUGUCACAUGACACGGGGCCAGAGUAUGACAAUAAAGCCUGCUACCCUCCGCUCAUCGUGCAGCCAUGCUCCGAACCGCUAGCGUCAACCGACAACGUAAACAAACUUUUGUUGAUUGACUACUCUCACAACCGGCUCCUGGCGUGUGGCAGUCUCUACCAGGGCGUCUGCAAGCUGAUGAGACUGGACGACUUAUUCAUUCUGGUGGAGCCCACUCAUAAGAAAGAGCACUACCUGUCCAGCGAUAACCAGACAGGGACCAUGUAUGGGGUGGUGGUGCCGUCACAGGGUCAGGACGCUACGCUGUACAUCGGAACUGCAGUUGGAGGCAAACAGGACUACUUUCCGACCAUAUCCAGUCGGAAACUUCCACGUGAUCCUGAGUCCUCAGCGAUGCUGGACUACGAGCUCCACACCGACUUUGUGUCAUCGCUCAUCAAAAUCCCAUCCGACACGCUUGCUCUGGUUCCUCAUUUUGACAUUUACUACGUUUACGGAUUUGCGAGUGGCAGCUUUGUCUACUUCAUGACGGUGCAGCCUGAGACACCCGAGAAUGGGAUGCCAGCCGGGAGCUCACCGGGCGACCUGUUCUACACCUCACGCAUCAUUCGCCUUUGCAAAGGUGAUAAAAAGUUUCACUCCUACGUGUCACUUCCUGUGGGGUGCGUUCACAAAGGCGAGGAGUACCGGCUGCUGCAGACGGCGUACCUGUCGAAGGCCGGGAGGGUUCUGGCCAAUGCACUCAACAUCAGUGCGCAGGAGGACGUGCUCUUCGGCGUCUUCUCCAAGGGCCAGAAGCAGUACCACGACCCACCGGACCACACCGCCGUGUGCGUCUUCACCAUCCACGACAUCAACAUGCGCAUCAAGGAACGACUGCAGUCAUGCUACCAGGGUGAAGGAAAUCUGGAACUGCACUGGCUGCUGGGCAAGGACGUGCAGUGCACCAAGGCGCCUGUUCCCAUCGACGAUCACUUCUGUGGGUUGGACAUUAACCAGCCUCUCGGCGGCUCGCAGCUGGUGUCGGGUCACACCGUGUUCACGGAGAGUAGAGAGCGCCUGACCUCCAUCACUUCCUACAUCUAUAACGGACACUGCGUGGUUUUCCUGGGAACUAGGAAUGGACGACUCAAAAAGCUGCGGGUGGACGGUCCUGCUGAGGCUGGCGUGCUGUACGAGACGUUGACUGUGAUGAAGGAUAGCAGACCCAUCCUCCGGGACAUGGCUUUCUCUCUGGACAAGAACUCUCUUUAUGUCAUGUCUGACAAUCAGGUGGCCCAGGUUCCCGUGGAGUCCUGUGAUCAGUACAGCACAUGUGCUGAGUGUCUGAGCUCCAGUGACCCCCACUGCGGCUGGUGUGUCCUGUACAACAUGUGCUCGAGGAAGGAUCGGUGUCAGAGGGCAGACGAGGCGUACCGCUUCGCGACCACCAUUGACCGCUGUGUGAAGGUCAUUGCUCACCCUGACAGCAUUGCCGUGUCAGCACACAGCGUCCCUCUCUUGUUGGAGGUGAACAAUGUUCCAGACCUUUCCGCUGGUAUCAGCUGUUCAUUCGGGAGUCACGCUCAAGUUGAUGGUCACGUCAACGGAAACAGGGUCAUGUGCUUGUCACCUGCUGGGAAGGAAGUUCCUCAGAUUCCCGUGGGUCAAGACUGGGCUGGCGUGGAGCUUCGACUAAACUCAAAGGAGACGGGUCAAAUGGUCGCCAGCACGGAAGUGAAGUUCUACAACUGCAGCACGCAUCAAAUGUGUCUCUCCUGUGUCAACAGCUCUUUCCGCUGCCACUGGUGUAAAUAUCGCAAUCUGUGCACCCACGACCCAAGCAGCUGCUCAUUCCAGGAGGGCCGAGUCAACGCUUCUGAGAACUGCCCGCAGCUUCUGCACUCUGGUGAAAUCCUCAUCCCAGCUGGCGAAGUGCGCCCCAUCACCCUGAAGGCUCGCAACCUUCCUCAGCCGCAGUCGGGUCAGCGAGGCUACGAGUGUGUGGUGCAUGUGCAGGGAGUCAGCCACCGAGUGACGGCACUGCGCUUCAACAGCACCAGCGUGCAGUGUCAGAACAGCUCGUACCUGUACGAGGGUGUGAAGAUCAGUGACCUGGCAGUGGACCUCUCCAUCGUAUGGAACGGCAAUUUCAUCAUUGACAAUCCAGAGAAGAUUAAAGUGCACCUCUACAAAUGCAGUGCUCAGCGCGACAGCUGCGGCAUGUGUCUCCGAGCCGAGAGAAAGUUCCAGUGCGGCUGGUGCAGCAGCGAAGGCAGGUGCACCAUGAAACAGCACUGCUCCCCCAUCUCCCCCUACGCCAGCCGGUGGUUGGACCUCUCGGCCAGGAAUGUCAAGUGCACCAACCCUCGCAUCACCGAGGUGACUCCAGUUGCUGGACCAUUAGAGGGGGGUACGUUGGUGACCAUCCAGGGCCUCAACCUGGGUCUGUCCUUCUCUGAGCUGGAAGGAAACGUGAAGGUGGCAGGAGUUGACUGUGUCGCUCAGGAGGAAGGAUACAUCACUGCUGAACAGAUCGUGUGUGAGAUGGUUGCUGCACCCAAAGGAAGCUCACCAGGUCCGGUCAAGCUUUGCGUCGGCGAGUGCAGGCCAGAACUGCGAGCCCAGUCCACACAACUCUACUCAUUUGUGACGCCCUCUAUGCUGGCCCUGACUCCCGGGAGAGGACCCGAGUCCGGUGGCACCAAAGUGACCAUAGUUGGAGAGAACCUCAGUGCCGGCAGCACCAUCACCGUUUACUUUGGCAAUCAAACCUGUGAGCUUUACAGGAGGACCAUGUCAGAGAUUGUGUGCUUCUCUGCUCCAUCUGUAACCGGAGCGGGACCGGUGCAGGUCAGCCUGAGCGUGGAUCGCGCCAAAGUUCCUGGCAGUCUGUCUUUUGAGUACAUAGAAGACCCCACGGUCCAGCGCAUCGAGCCCCUGUGGAGUAUUACCAGCGGCCACACCACGCUGACAGUGACCGGCACCAACCUGGACGUUGUUCAGGAGCCGCGGGUCAGAGUCAAAUAUGCUGGACACGAAUCUGUCAAUGUGUGCAAAGUUCUCAACACGACCACUAUCAGCUGCUUCGCUCCGUCACUGAAGGCCGAGUACAACUCUGACCAUGAGACGGUCAAACACGUGGAUGAGUUUGGAUUUGUCUUCAACAACGUCCAAGCUCUGCUGACAUACAACAACACAGGUUUUGUCUACUAUCCCAACCCUUACCUGGAGCCCCUGAGCCUGACCGGCAUCCUGGAGCAGAAACCAGGUGCACCAAUCAUACUCAAAGGUCGUAACCUGGUGCCAUCUGCGUCUGGGGGAGCGAGGCUGAAUUACACGGUGCUCAUCGGCGACACUCCCUGUUCUCUGACGGUGUCGGACACGCAGCUUCUCUGCGAGCCGCCCAACCUCACUGGGCAACACAAAGUCCUCGUACAAGUUGGAGGACUCCACAUUUCUCCUGGAGAAGUCCACAUUCGAUCCGACAGCCUCCUCACUCUUCCUGCUAUAUUCAGUAUUGCUGCUGGCGGAGGGCUGCUCCUUAUCGUUGUCAUCAUCGUGCUACUCGCGUACAGACGGAAGUCGCACGAGAACGACCUCACUCUGAAGCGCCUGCAGAUGCAGAUGGACAAUCUCGAGUCCAGAGUGGCUCUGGAGUGCAAGGAAGCCUUUGCAGAGCUCCAGACUGACAUCAACGAGCUGACCAGCGACUUGGAUCGAGCUGGCAUCCCCUACUUGGACUAUCGCACUUACGCCAUGAGAGUUCUAUUCCCUGGCAUCGAUGAUCAUCCAGUGCUCCGAGAGCUGGAGGUUCCAGGGAGCGGACAGGCCGGCGUGGAGAAAGCCUUGAAGCAGUUUGCUCAGCUGGUGAACAACAAGGUUUUUCUGCUCACAUUCAUCCGCACGCUGGAGCUUCAGCGCUCCUUCUCCAUGCGCGACCGCGGCUACGUGGCCUCGCUCAUCAUGACGGCCCUACAGGGACGGCUAGAGUAUGCCACCGACAUCCUCAAACACCUGCUCUCUGACCUGAUAGAACGCAACCUGGAGAGCAAGAACCAUCCCAAACUGCUCCUGCGCAGAACCGAGUCGGUGGCUGAAAAGAUGUUGACAAAUUGGUUUGCUUUCUUGCUCCACAAAUUUCUCAAGGAGUGUGCUGGCGAGCCGCUCUUCAUGCUGUUCUGUGCCAUCAAACAGCAAAUGGAGAAGGGACCCAUCGACUCCAUCACCGGAGAAGCCCGUUACUCCCUCAGUGAGGACAAACUCAUCCGUCAACAGAUAGAAUACAAGACACUGACGCUGAGCUGUGUGAACCCGGACAAUGAGAACAGCCCCGAAAUCCCUGUCAAGGUGCUCAACUGUGACACAAUUACCCAGGUGAAAGAGAAGAUCCUGGAUGCAGUGUACAAGAAUAUGCCGUACUCUCAGAGGCCACGAGCUGCAGACAUGGACCUCGAGUGGCGUCAGGGUCGAACAGCUCGUGUGGUCCUGCAGGAUGAGGACAUCACCACCAAGAUUGAGAGCGACUGGAAGAGACUCAACACUCUGAUGCACUACCAGGUGACGGAUCGCUGCGUGGUGGCCUUGGUGCCCAAACAAAUGUCGUCUUUCAACAUUCCUACCUCAGCCAGCUUCCCCAGGAGUAUCAGCCGAUACGGUGUGGAGGUGCCGUUCCGCUCAACCCCGACCAGCCCUGAUAGCCCCCACUCCCGCGUGCCCAUGCUGACCCCAGACCUGGAGAGCGGCGUGAAAGUUUGGCACUUGGUGAAAAACCACGACCACGGCGACCAGAAAGAAGGAGAGAGAGGGAGCAAGAUGGUGUCAGAGAUUUACCUGACCAGGCUGCUGGCCACAAAGGGUACACUCCAGAAAUUCGUGGACGACCUGUUUGAGACUCUUUUCAGCACUGUCUGUCGGGGAACUGCGCUGCCUCUCGCCAUUAAGUACAUGUUCGACUUUCUGGAUGAGCAGGCGGACAGACAUGGUAUCCACGACAUGGACGUCCGCCAUACCUGGAAGAGCAACUGUUUGCCUUUGCGGUUCUGGGUGAAUGUCAUCAAGAAUCCACAAUUUGUUUUCGACAUCCAUAAAAGCAGCAUCACGGACGCAUGUCUGUCUGUCGUGGCCCAGACUUUUAUGGACUCUUGUUCCACUUCAGAACAUCGUCUGGGCAAAGACUCGCCAUCCACCAAACUUCUCUACGCUAAGGAUAUACCACACUACAAAAGCUGGGUGGAAAGGUACUACGCCGACAUCAACCGCCUGCCUGCCAUCAGCGAUCAGGACAUGAAUGCCUAUCUGGCUGAGCAGGCUCGCCUCCACUCCAGUGAGUUUAAUGUGCUCAGUGCCCUCCAUGAGGUCUUCAGCUACGUCAGCAAGUACAGCCAAGAGAUUAUUGAGGCGCUGGAACUGGAUGAACAGGCCCAGAAGCAGAAGUUGGCGUAUAAAGUGGAGCAGAUCCUCUCAGCCAUGUCCUUAGAGAGCUGAGACACGGCGUUGCAUGCAAACAUCCACAUGUGAACACUGUACAAGCUCUUGUACGUGAGUGCACAAACACACACAAGUUCUGAGCCCACAGACUGUCACAAGAAGAAGCCAAUGCAGAAUCCCUGCAGACUUUAUGGACCUACUGUACACACAUGCAUACAAAUGUACAUAUACCAACACCACAACAAAGACCAAACAGCAGAUCAUCCCAAAGCUCCACUUUUGAAUCCAGUGUCAUCGUUCUCCCUGAAGACUUUCCAAUCGGCAGACGUCCAAGUCUUCAAACGCUCCAGCGGCAGUCGAGAAAGAAAGAGGAUUUUCGGCCCAUCACGCUCUCUGGGUUUGCCACCAAAUCUUUUCUGCUGGGUAAUAGUUUGCCUUUGGAGUUGGUACUUAGACUCAAAUGUGUGCACAGCGUGGCUGGAACUCAAAAGAGAGCUGCUCUUAAGGAAUGACAAGACUUCAAAAGUCACUGGAGGAGCUCAGUAAAAACACAGGAGCCAAUUUAUUUAGUUGGCACAUAAGUAAGAAAAGUACCCUUUUGUUUUUGUUUUUUUUCCAACGUGAAAGAUGAAGGACCCUCAUUUCACACUACAUAUCACAGCUUGACGUGAUGUCGCCAUUUGGAGUGGAGAUGUGUCGCUCAGUGUUGUUAAGCCUUUUUGCUUGUGCAGGCUGAUGAAAACAGAGGCACUUUCAAUAAUCUGGCAGUGUUGCGGACAUUUCUGUCCCUUGAAGCUUCUUGUUACAGGAUGGUUAUGUGAUCUGAUGAAGUUGUCAUGAAUGAAACAUUUAAAACAGAAUAUUGUCUCUGAAGGAGCUAGCGUCCAGCUUUCAAAUUCCCGAAUGACAUCACUGGGAAAUAAGAGUAGCUCCAAGAGUUGACAUGUAGUUGUGAAGUCCCUCUGAACACGACCUUGGUUGAGAGUUGCAGUUGUCGUGGCUGACAAACUCAUCAUCCUUUGCACUGUGAAUCCAGAAUUACAAAGACACUAUAUUCCUCGUCCAAGUGCUAAGACUGGCCACCAACACUGGGCGACCAACAGAUGUAACCUAUCCCUUUCCUGGUUUGGAAGUCCAACACCUUUCUGGCAUUGUAGCCAAAUUAGAUGCCAAUCCAACCCAAGCUCCUCCUGCAUGAGCCCAGGUGGCAGUGUCUGUAUCUUGCUUUGCAGGAACUCUAAAGCUAACUGCAACUUCUUUCCAUAUAUCUCUUUGUAUUAAAAAUGGCUAUACAUAACAAAUGCAAAUGCACUGAAACUGAACUGGUGACUGACCACAUGGUUUUUCACUGCUUAUUUUUAUUAGUCCACAUUACACAAUUCAGAAACACAUGCAGCAGUUGUAGGUCUGCAUUUAGAACACAGAUUCUCCCCCCACCUUGGACUCAGAGGUGAACUGUCCCCUGAAGCCCCGCAGCACUCUGGGCGCCCCCUCCCCUUUCUCCAGUUCUACUGUCACAAGUUAAAAUGACAGUUGUGUGUUUCACUUGCACCUGAGUGAUGCGCCUGUCCAGCUGAUGCGUGUGGCAGUUGCGAUGGCGCAGAGCGACAAAAAAUAUGUGCUUUUUACGUGGCAGUUCGCCCAUGCCUAAAACCGCCACUGCCCAUGACUACAACAGCGGUGACAACAGCACCCCUUGUUCUCUUACUCAUCAAUAUCGACCUCCCCAUUUUCAACACAGGUCAUACUUGAUGCAAACAGUGCCCAGAUCCACAAACCGCCAAAACCAUGACCAACACAUUCUCACUCUCAAGGCAUCACAUGGUGAUGAUCGUCAAAUGUCUUUACCACCCAUUGUUUACUCGAGCCAUCCACAUGUUUCCUGGUGUUCAAAAAGAAUGUUUGUGGUACAGAUGGGGAUGUGCAAGGGUGAUGAUCACAGGCUCCCACUGUUACCUCAUGUGACUAUGAGCAUGAACCUCAGUUGACAGUUGGCGCAGAGUCAAGCCGGUAUUCCAAUGAUGAUGGUACUAUAUAUAUAAUGUCACAUGAAAUUGUAUUUCAAUACUGGAACCUUAAGGUGUCCCACUUCAUGGCUUCGCCCCUACACGAACAUUUUUUUUACUGUAAGAUGCAAAGUAACCACCGUCUUUAGCCAGGCAUAUUGGACAAUCAGCCAAAACAGUUGCUGUCAAACAAAAUGUAGAUUUAUUGAAGUGUCUGUAGCAUUCCGUAACUGGAGAAAGGGUCUAAACAGAAUGGAAUUUCAGAAUUUUAAGAGACACUUCAGCUUUCUCACUUUCCACUGAAUUUUCCUGAUGUUGGAGAGUCUUGAAAUUCUCCACUCAUUAGAAGAGGCGACAAAGCCUGAUCACAACAAUCGUCGUGGGGCACGAUAACAGCAUUGAAUAUAAUUCAAAGCCAUUGUGGGCCGCAUGAAAUGACUUGGCACUGGACACGGGACAAGCAAUGGAGACGUCUGUGAGAGAUCAAAUUAAUGUUGUUCAGUUCUACCUGGCAACCCACCUGCUGUCAAAACAUGGAGGUGGGUCUUUCUUUGUGGUCUAUCUUUGACCGAAAACUGUCCUGACAGAUUUUAUUUUGCAUUUAUGUUUGACGGCUGAAUAUAUAACCCAUUCCAAAAGUUUGCGUUGUCCCAUAGCCUCUAGUCAACACAGACACUUGUGUCCACACUCAAGAGUUGCCUGCCAGCUUUUUAAAGACUUGGAAACCCAGACAAACAAAAUCCUGGAGGUGACUCAUAUAUGAAGAGAUGCUUUUGCCUGCUCUGUGCCAAAUAUAAUGACUCAUGCUUCAUCUGAGUUUUAGAAUCCUAUUAAAAACGCAGGGAAAGAUCCCAUUUGAGAUGGGAGGUUCUGUAACGUAAUGAUCGAUAGGCUACUAAUUCAGCCCGUCGAAGAUAAGUGGAGGCCAAAUUGAAGUGUAGCAGAAGGCGUAAUUAAUGACGCUCUCAGCCUGAUGGCGGAGGAGAUUAGCCUGACCCUGCCGGCGCUGCCGCUCCUUCUCCCCUUCCAGCCUCAUCAGUCAUUGUUUACAUCGAGCACCAUACUUGAAAUGCACAAGAUAUUAGAAACGACUGCGCAUAAUCCAGCCAGAUGAAGACUGAAAUUGAAGAACAGGUUUUACUCAGCGUAUGACAGUUGUUUCUAACAUCGUGCGCUGUGAACAUGUGCUGAAUGGUCUAUUUGUGUCAAUCUGUCGACUCGUGUAAAUUUCAUGAAGUCAAGCUUUUGCUUCCAAUCCAACCCUUAUUUAUUGAAUUCUAAAGGUUCCACAGAAUGUUGCCGUGCGAUCUCACAAAUGUUCAAUGCGUAGCCUUCAAACUCGAGAUCGUCUCUGAGGCUAGAAAGGGACCGGGGCACGGUUGUGUGCUUGUUGGUGUGUGUAAUCGUUGAGCGUGAUGUGUAUGAAAGUGUGCUAGAAUUAAUUUAUGUGUGAAUGUUGGUGUGUGUGUGUUUGUCAUAGUCAGUGUGAGGUGUGCGUUAAUAGAUGUGACUGUCUUUGUUGGCAUGAAUGAAUAUGUGAGUGAGGAUUAUGCGUCCAAAUACCUGUGUGUGACCGGUUGAGUGUGUGUGACCGGUUGAGUGCAUAUGUGUGUGUGUGUGUGUGUGUGUGUGUGUGUGCGCACGUGCAUCCGUACAAGUCCUUGUUGUGCGUCUGUGUCGUGCCAAGAAAUUAGCAGGAAGCAAUUCAACCAAACAUCUGUGGUCCCUUUAAACCUUCCAAAACACAUGUGACCUGAACGCUUGUUGUCUAUUUGCUGCUGUAUUUAGAGUGCCAUAUCUACGCCAUAGCUAAUUUGGAAGUAUGUAAACCACUUCAGGGUCUCGCCUUGGAAAGAUUUAUGAAUCUCUAAAAUUGCUUCUUUUUGUGUUUGAAGCCAUCAUUCAUUUCAACUGUCCAGUAUCUGAAGCUCCUCACGUAGGACAUUAAGCAGUAUUUAUCUUCAUAAUAAUAACUACAUGUCCUGUUAAGUGUUAUAAUAUGAAUGAAAUCAUCAGUUUCAUGUGUGGUUUUGACGCGUUAUUAUAAAUGUGUUGUGCAAUAAAAAUGUUGGGCGUUCAAAUUGUUGUUUUUUUAAACUAAAUAUUAUUGUAUAAACUGUACAUAAAGACUCUCCUAUUUUGCAAGCAAAGAUUCACUUUGUACUGUUGUUAUACAUUAAAAAGCUCAGCUGA